UGCCACUCCACCAUUGCCAUUAUCCAACACAACAUCCAGCUGACUAAUUCUACUAAUGUGCUGAUUGAUGCUGCAGUUUCUCGCAACGAAGAUGUACCGUGCGCUCAGCCCGUGCGUGGCGUGACGUGAACUGCAAGCAACGGUCCACAACUGCAUCGGACAGCCAGUCGGGCCAGUUGAUAGUGAAUGGUGGAUCAGGUGCAUUCAUACGCGGAACGAAGCACUGUUUUCGGCACUGAGACGGGACAAUCUUGAAGGUGAUCGCCAUGGUUAGAACAAUAGCGGUACUGGUAUUAUCCGGAUUAAUUAUGGUGGUAGCGGCGGAGCAUCCGAAACCAUUCCUUUGCGCGGAUCAAAUGGAAAUUAAUAGCACUGAAACUGCGUUGAAAAAUGCGCUGUUCUGUGGAACCAGCUACAACCCACGUUACCGGCCAGUGAAGUAUCAGCAAGAUCGGCUCGCCAUGUACAUCGGUGCCGAAGUGAUCAAUGUGGAAAAAGUUCGUGAUGACGACUCGAAGCUGGAGAUAACUUUGGAACUGUUGAUGCAAUGGUACGACGCGUUUCUACACUGGAACAAGCGAACCAGCGGUAACAUCGAAACUAUCAACGUGGCCGAACAGGAUCUCUGGACUCCAACGUUUGCGGCUAAAUCGUUUCAGAAAUCGCCGCGCAUCCAAAGCACCAACCAGUGCUCCCGUGUCAAGUGCCAUCUGAGCUACGACGGGGAAGUUAUCUACACGGUACUGUGCACGUUUAAGGUGGACUGCUAUACGGAGCCGCGGUACUGGGCGUUCGAAACGAAGAUUUGCACGCUGCGAAUUUAUUCCGUCGAGUACGAUACCAACCAAUUGUCGCUGUUCCACUUCCAACGGCGCCUCUCGUACCCGAGCUAUCCGCUGCUGCCGUACAAAAUUACCUCCUUCCAGAUGGCCACCGUCAAUAGCACGAUGAGCCCGGAGUUUCGCAUGGACAUUGUCAUCGAGCGAUUGAUUGGAUCACAUCUGGUGGUGUUUCUCGUGCUGAUCGUUAUACUCUGCCUGUUGAAUCUGUUCAGUCUCUGGUUCAACAUACUCUCCAGUGCACGAGCGAUCGCAGUCGUUCUGGGCACGGUGAUGCAAAGCAUGUUCCUCGUCAUUCUCUACUGGUACGGAGUAGUGAAAAUGAAACCGGUCAUUACGCUGGCACAUCUAUUGCUGGGAUCCUGCGCGUUUGGGGCAGUUGCCUGCGGUUGGACGUACUUUGUUCGGGGACAGAUUAGCACCAGGAAGCGGUUUACCGCCGGCUGCCCACGUACAGUCGCACGGGUUAUUGGAUUUUUGAGAAAAAAUCAACCACUGGCAUCGUUCUUGUCGAUCGGGUAUCUCAACGGAACGAGCGCGGAAGGAAAGUUGGCCAACGAUUGGGAGGAAACCCAUGUGCAGCAGCAGAACACACCAACAAUGGCGGCAGAGGGCCAAGAACGGCAGCAGGAUGACGAAUUGACGUCCAGCGGGAAUGAGGAGGAGUGUGAUGUCAAGUGGCAGGAAGUGGUGCAGCCCCUUGAUCGUAUCCUGUUUUGUGCCAUGCUCACUGCCUACCUACUGAUGUUCAUCGUGUACGUUUGCUAGUAGCGCGGUGUUCUAGAACAAGUACUAAUAAAUACUACCGAACGGUACGAAUAGCGGUGUCCAAAUAAAA